AAAAGACUUGAAAAAAUGGACUGACUCAAAUAUCUUCUUUCAGGAUGAGUUGCGAGAAGCUGUCUUGCUCGUAUUUGCUAACAAACAAGAUUUGCCAAAUGCAAUGAAUGCUGCAGAGAUAACUGAUAAACUUGGACUUCACUCUCUCCGCCAACGCCACUGGUACAUCCAGAGCACUUGUGCAACCUCAGGUGAGGGCCUUUAUGAGGGGUUGGAUUGGCUUUCCAACAACAUCGCUAACAAGGCCUGAAAUAUAGGAUUAUGGAUCGUUGGAAGGGUUUUAUGGAUUCAGUCAUAAAUAUUAUCUAGUUUUCUUUUGUUUUUUUUGGUGUUCCUCCUGCGAUAAGUCGGCUUGUGGUUGUGGUGAUGACUUAAUAUCUCUUUACGACUUCUUGGUGACGAUGUUGUAAUAGGUGGAUGGAUGAUUGGAUAUACUUUUUACAAGGUUUUUUGGCCUUGGGUUUUCAUGUACUUUAGCUAAUCCUGUUAGCUGCAACCAAAAGAAAAAGAACUGUUGUGCUCUUGCCAUAUAUUUUUAACUGAAUAGCAUUUAUAAUAGGCUUAUAGCCAUGGUUUAAAGUA